UUAGAUGGGCUGAAAUUGGGCUGGUUUUUCCAAGCCCGAGUUCCUCAUGUGGAUAAGAUAUAGGAGCUCUCUGUAAAUUUCAAAACCCUAGAAACUCCUAUUCAAAAACCCUAUAGGACGAUGAAUCCAUCAACUGAUGCCGACGGCGACGAUUACUCACCAUCUGCCACUGUAAUCACCUUUGAUCAUCCCAUUCCUUUACUGAGAGGACCUAUACCUGCUGGUKUAUCAGAUGAUCCCUCUAUUGGUCCUUUCGUUCUAGCUUUCAGAGACGCAAGGAUCUGGAAAUCGGCGCUUCAGGCCUGYGAGGCCAAAGUUAUAGAGCAAUGCGAGGCUGGCAUAAGGAUCGGGUGUUCAAUCAGUGCUUCUAGCAAGUGCAAACCACCAUGGUGGCGAACCCUGUUUGGUGGAGCUCCUGUGGAUUUUGCAGCAAGAGAGAAAUGCGAAGAGUGUGAGAUGGCAGCUUGUCUUGCCGCUUCCAAAGGAUCCUGUCUUAAAUUGGCAAAAGAUAAGUGCUUACCUCCAUUUCGAGAUGCACGUAUUGCCUUGAGUGAUAAGGAGAUUUCAAAAUUUAUUUUCUGGGCAUCUCCUUCAUCAGAAGCAAGAAGCAUGAUUUCCAAGCCAGUUGGGUCAAGCCAGAUGCCCUCCUACCUUUCAUCUAAAUGUGAUCUCCAAGUGACAAAUUACAGGGGAACUGUUCUGUUAGAGUCUAGUUGCGGUACUGAAAAUUUUCCAGGUGAUGAAGUUUCACCAAGCUAAUAAAGGUUCAAGAAAACACUUGGUCCAAAGCUCAUUCCAAUUGGGAGGAGCCCCUUAAGAUGUCACCUUUGGUAGAUGUGAUCAUUCUUUCAGGGCAUGUAGUAAAUGAUCUUGCAGAAGUGCCAAGAGACUAAGAGAACAGACAAGUUUCUUGGCACUUCUGCAACUGCAAGAUCCUUCUUUCUGGGCAUGGUGUAAAUGAUCUUGUAAACUACUGCACCAAUUGUUGAUGAAAGGAAAAGAGAAUACAAUGACAGGCUAACUAAAUGCAUCAUUUUGUUGAAACUGUUUUGGGUGCAAUAAUGCAAUGGACUUAGCUCAGUUUCCUGUUUAAUUUUGUCAGUAUUUUUUUUCUAACCUCUCUGAGUUGGUAAACAUAGGGUGUCAAUGGAUUGGAUUUUUAUCGAAUCUAAUCUGAUAAUGUUGGAUUUGCAUGCUCGUUAAAUCUAAUUGGAUUGAAUUUGAUUGCGAA